AUGAACGGAAUUUCCUCAACGCCAAACACGCUUCAAAACUCGAUGACAGUGGGAAACAAAACCAACUCAACUCCAACCAAUUACUCCUUCACCGAGGACUUUCCCACGGCGACUAUCAAAGAUGGAAACCGUUCUGCCGACGAUCCCUUCGCCCCCAACACCGAGAUUGAAUCUCACACCACUGGAAGACGCGCCUGUGGCGGCAUUGAUCAAGAACGAGUGCAGAAUUGGAUUGGAACAGGCCUCGUCGUCGUCAGAUUCGGAGUCAGAGUCUAA